AUGAAGCGGGUUCACACACCCGGCCUGGCCGUGCCCCGCAUGACCAUGUCGGAGGAGCUGUCUCAGCUCCUUGCCACAUGGGUUGCUAAGCUUGUGGCAUCACCGGAGGCCAAAGAGCUAGAGGGCCCGCCCCUGGCGCCGAAAGGCGAAGCUGUAGAGGGCAUCGACGCCGUGGCCGGCGCCUUGGAAUCGGUGCACCGCACCAUCCACAGGUGUCGAACUCUAGGAAUAGUCUCUGCAGAAGAGUUGGCGGCCCUCUGCCGACCUUCCCUGUGUGUCCGGGUGGAGGUGGCCUUCUCCCCUCUCUCCGAUCUGGAGGUUCAGCUCACCGACACGGGGCUCCUCUCCCUUGUGGACCUCCCCAGCCCUGACACCGAGACACUUUGGGAGACCCAGGACGCGCAGGCGCUGUGCCGCGCUGCCUUGCGUGAGGCGGACGGCGCGUUGGUGGUCAUCGACGCCUCGAAGCAUGAAGUCCCGCAGUGGAUGGGCAACUUGCUGAGAGAAGCGUUUGAUCAGGAAGCUGGGGGACUUCGCCGUGAUGAUGCUUGGAUUAUUGCCAACCGCAUCGAUCAGCUCCCUGAGUUCUUUUGCAAGGACGGGCCCAAGGAAGUCUGCAAGAAAGUGUCUCAGCGGCAAGCUCGCAACUACAAGGAUGUGAUUGUCGCAGAGGACCAUGUGAUUCCGAUCUCGGCGCGGUUGUCGCUGCUUGCGAUGUACGGCCGCGAGAAGGUCCGUGAGCCGCUCUCGGCACAGCUUGUAGCCCGCUUUGACCGGCAGCCGUGGUUUGCUCAGCUUUGUUCCUUGAUCUUCGGCGUCCAAUGGAUGACCAAGGCCCAAGACAUGGAUCAGACGAAAUGGCGCCAGUCCAUGCGCGAGCUGCAGCUGAUGGGCCAGGUGACUGGUCCCCUGGCCACUAGUGUGCUGAAGACGGCCUACGUGAAAAUGCUUCCCCACUCCGUGGAGCGAGUUAUGCUGGAGCUCUCCCAGCUUGUCACGCCGGGCACCCGACAUCUCCGACUUGUCCUACUCUGCGACACCUACAGUACCUGCUCCUGGCAGGUUCGGAAGAUUUAG